CGUGAACGCAACCCCCGUCGGUCCCUGCGUCAGCAGCCUCUCCGGUGCUCCUGUUUGUUUCGACUCGUUUACCGGAAGGCUUACCGACCGGUCCGGUUGCUGUUCACGGGGAGGUUCGGAGAACACUUGGAGUAACUUAACUGCUCAACGGCUGUGUCGACCCAUAAGCUGAGUUCUUCAUCUGUGGACUGUCCUGCUUCACUCGGACUCGAACCUCCAUCCCAGCCGUCGGUCCUUGAUCCACAGCUUCUGCAAUGAGUGUAUGAUGUCUGAGAGCAGUCGCCAUGGCCUGCAGCGGCGGUCAGAGCAACGCCGAAACUCUAGAGGGCUUCCACGAGGUGAACCUGGCCUCGCCCACCACGCCUGACCUCCAGAACCAAACAGACCAGCGCCCUCCCGCCCGUCAGAGCACCCCUCCCACCUCUCUGUACCGCACGCACUCUCUGGGACCGCCCCCUUCCGGCCUCCCCAGCUCUCUGCGGGCCGACCAGCUUCCCACUCAGCCGGUUUACUCCACGCCGCGGCACAGCCACAAUGGAAGCGUGCCAGGGCUGGAGGCGGAGUCCAUUGAGGCCAGCUUCCUGUCUGGAGAGGAAGGGGAGGAGUGCAGCGCUCUGAGCGAAAGCCUGUCGAGGCUGCGCAGCCCGUCGGUGAUGGAGGUCCGGGAGAAAGGAUACGAGAGGCUGAAGGAGGAGCUGGCGAAGGCUCAGAGGGAGCUGCUGUUGAAGGAUGAGGAGUGUGAAAGGUUGUCUAAAAUCAGAGACCAGCUCGGCCUGGAGCUGGAGGAGCUCACCGCCAGUCUCUUCCAGGAAGCCCAUAAGAUGGUGAGAGAAGCAAACGUCAAGCAGGCAAACGCGGAGAAGCAGCUGAAGGAAGCUCUGGGAAAGAUCGACGUGCUGCAGGCGGAGGUCCAGGCGCUGAAGACGCUGGUUCUCUCCUCCCCCAGCUCCCCCGUCGGUGAGCUCCCCUCAGCAGGAAGUGGAGGAGUAAAGACUCCUUUCAGGAAGGGCCACAGCAGAAACAAGAGCACCUCCUCUGCCAUCCUGGGGACGCAGCCCGACCCGUCGGCCACUGAGCCCAUCGUACGGGAGUGCAGGGAGGUGGACAGUCAGCUGUUCAGCGAGUUCAAGGCGUGGAAGGAGGAGCCGACCCUGAGCCGGAGCUGCUGCUUCCUGGAGCGGGUUUACAGGGAGGACAUCUACCCCUGCCUCACCUUCAGCAAGAGCGAGCUGGGUUCGGCCAUCUUGGAGGCGGUGGAGCAGAACACGCUCAGCGUGGAGCCUGUGGGUUUCCAGCCGCUGCCUGUGGUCAAAGCGUCGGCGGUGGAGUGCGGCGGACCAAACGUACGAAGGGCUGAGCUGGUCACAAAAUGUGCCCUGAGUGGUCAGACCAAAACCUGCAAGCACAGAAUCAAGUUUGGAGACUCGUCCAGCUAUUACUACGUCUCCCCCUUCUGUAGAUACAAAAUCACAGCCGUCUGCAACUUCUUCACCUACAUUCGCUACAUCCAACAAGGGCUGGUCAAGCAGCAGGACGUGGAGCAGAUGUUCUGGGAGGUGAUGCAGCUGCGCAGGGAGAUGUCCUUCGCCAAGCUCGGCUAUUUCAGGGACCAGCUGUGAGCGGACGGCGCCGCACACUCCCACCUGAUGCUCCGCCCUCCUCCCGGUUCUGCCCCCGCCCCCCCUCCUCCUGUCGUCCUGAAGCACCACCACCCGUCCUCCCCCCUCCCCGUGCGUGAGUGUGUUUGUACAGACUGACAGACAGCGCCCCCUCUGGCCGGCCGUGGUCUCUGAUCCAGAACCUUCAUCUUCUUUUUCGACUCCGUUCAAUGAAGAAAAACGGCGUCAAGAAAAAACCCCUGAAGAGUUGGAGAUUCUGACUCUUCUGUGGAGAUCAGUAUUUUCUUAGAGCAUCAAUAAAAUAUUUUUAAUUAUUUAAAAUCUAUAAAAAAAGACCAAGUAACUUUAAAGUCAUAAACACAAAUGAAAAAAUCAGAAAUAUUUGGCUUCAAUUUCAUGCAAAAAUAUUUAGUUUGAAAGCAAAAAGAUUACAUAAAAGCAUGAAAUUGUAAUAAAAUUACUAUGAAAGUUGUGGAAUUAAUACGUUUUAAUUUAAACAUUGUAAUUACAUUUAAGAUCUAAAUAUUGAUCCCACCACGUAAAUUCAGUCAAGUUUUUAUUAUUUUAUUGUUUUUAAUGUCAUUGACAAGUAAAAUUCUAAAUAAUUUUUCUAAUUUUUUAGUUUGUUAAAAUUCACCUUUAAUUUAAAAUGGUUUUGUGUUGAAAACUUUCAUUUUUUUGGUCAAAUUUUAGUCAUUUUCCACAAAAUUUAGCAAAAAAAAUCCCACAAAAUGCUGCAGAAACAAUCAAUUUGUGUACAAAUGUUUAACAUGAAACUGGAGUUCCACCAAACGGCACUGAAACAUCAGAAAAUGUCACAAUUUUUGCAUUUUUUAACUAUUUGAAAAAGUCACAGGCUUGAUUUUAUUGUUUUUCUUGAAAGGCGUUUCUCCUAGGAAGUCUGCUGGAGUUUAGUUUUCCGUGGAACGCCGUUUUGCUUCCGGGUUGCUUAUGAUCUCUGCAGAGCGGAUGACGCUCUGCUCCUGAGGCCGCUGGGAACUGACGGCUCUGCAGAGACGCCGCAUGCCGACGGCUUUCCUAGUUGGUGGUGUGAAUGUGAAGCCCCGCCCCCUUUCCGGUUUGGUUCAGUGCCUUUUCUCUCAGACACUCUGAAAUAAAAACAGGAAUACCUCUGGAAAC